GCUAUUUAAUCCCCCUCCCCAAACCUCUUCUCCUUCCUCUCCUGGCUCCACUUCUCUGCGUCCCUGUGUCUGGCUGCGAGCCGUUCUCUGGAGCAGGCUGGGGAUGAACCGGGCUCCAUUCCAUGCAGGCGCCCAGCUGGAGGUGAUGGUGGAUUCCCCAGUGGCGGCUCAGCUGGGCUCCCAGGCUCUCCUCCCAUGCACCUUCAGCGUGGCGGACGCCCCCAUCAGCCUAGAGUACCUGGCUGUGCACUGGUAUUUCCAGGACCAGGAGCUGGUGUCAUACGAUGACUCCCUCAACGUCUUCCGGCCGGGGGCCUCCAUGGACACGGAGCAGCUCGCCAGCGACAACGCCUCUCUGGUUCUGCGCAAUGUGACCGUGUCCGACCAGGGAGCCUACCAGUGCCUGGUCAUCCACAGCCCGGACAGAGGGGAGCAGAGCCUGCACCUGGCAGUGCUGGCUGUGCCCACCGUUGCCGUCCCCAGUAAAGCAGUGCUGAGGGGGGAGCCGAACUUGCUGAAAUGCUCCGUGUCCGGCUUCCAUCCGGCCGACAUCACGGUGACCUGGCUGAGGGCUGGGGAGGUCCUGCCGGCGUCCCCGCUCCCCACGCCCCAGAGGAACCCGGACGGCACCUUCAACGUCAGCAGCUCUCUGACCUUCCAGCCCACGGAGCAGGACCAGGGCGUCACCUUCUCCUGCCAGGUCCAGCACGCCGCUGUGCCACGGGGCGCUCUGCAGACAGACUUCCAGCUCGUGUUCGGAGUCUCCCCCAUGGUGAACAUUCACGCCCCCACGUUUGUGCAAGGCAAGGCCCAGGUGUUAACGUGCGACGUGAAGGGUUUUUACCCAGAAGCCAUCGCUGUUAACUGGCUCCUCAACGGGGUCCGGACAGAAGCCCCCCGCGUGAACCCUAAUGGCACCUUCAACCUGGAGUCGUUCUACCAGUUCAAGCCCGCGGCGGAGUUGGAGGGCGCUGAGAUCAGCUGCGAGGUGCAGCACGAGACGCUGAGCCGGCCCAUCGUCCGGAGCGUGCGGGUGCACCUGGAGCGUGAGGGGACUCAGGUCAGUGUCAUAGUCCUGGUGGUGUCCGUGCUGGGCUCAGCGCUGGCGGUGGCUGGAGUCGCGUUAUUCCUGUACAAGAGAAGCAGCGCCGCCAGCCAGACGUUCACCGUGAGCGACAUCGUGGGGCCUAAAGUUUGGGUCCCCGGGGAGUACGUUUCCCUCGUGUGCAUUGGCUACCACUGCCCGGUGGGCACGAAGGCCACGUGGGCAAAGUACGAAAAUGAAGAGCUAAAGCCCAUCACUGAGGGUAAACCGGCUGUGAGCGACAGGGAGAAGCAGACGCUUGUUCCCAUCAACACUCUGUACAAAGUCCAGACGCAGAUGCUGCCCUUGAACAAAGGCUCAGCCACUCUGGCCACGACGCUCAUGUUUCGUGUCAGGAGCCCGGAGGACCUGGGAGCCCGGUACCAGUGCUGCUUCAUCAGCAAGGAUGGGAGAACGCUGAGCACCAAGGAGUUCGGAGACUACACCCUGCACCCCUCCGGUCAGACUCAAGGACCAGCUGUGGACCUGGCAGCAGCCCGGCCUGCAGAGGAAUAGCGGGGACAGCACCCCAGCCUGUUGGGGGUCCCAGAGACAGUACGAAGCACCUGGACAGUAUUGAAUGGAACACCCCUGUUAUAACUAUAAAGGGAAGGGUAACAGCUCUCCUGUGUACAGUACUAUAAAAUCCCUCCUGGCCAGAGACUCCAAAAUCCUUUUACCAGUAAAGUGUUAAGAAGCUCAGGUAACCUGGCUGACGCCUGACCCAAAAAACCAAUAAGGGAACAAAAAGAACAGGAGUCCUUGUGGCACCUUAGAGACUAGCACAUUUAUUUGAGCAUAAGCUUUC